GGCGUAUUUGUUUUGGCCGGACGGCGCAACCGCGCACCUAUAUAUGCACAGACACACACAGAGAAAGAGGGAGGCAGAGUCGCAACUCGCAACCCCACUAGCACAACGCCAACGUAAGCUUUGAUCGCCCGCCGAUGAAGAGCUUCCUGGUCCCUUCCGGCGACAAGGAAGAGGGGGCGGCGUUGGUGCCGCCUCAGGAGGACGGCGAGGCGCCGCGCAAGGUCGUCGUCGACGGCGGCAAAGCUGCUGACACGGCGGUUGAACGCUCGUCGCCGUCUUCGCCAUCAACAGCGACGACGACGAAGAAGCCGUGGUGGAAGGCCUCGCUGCUGUCUCCGACGAAGGGCGCCGUGGGGCUGGUGAUCGGCGGCCUCGUGCUCCUCGCGCUGCUCGCCGGCGCCAGAUGGAUCGACCUCGACGCCUCGUUCCUGCGGGGCAACGGCAGCGGCACCGGCGGCACCAGCCGUCGUUGGCGCCAUCCUCCCCGCCGCCAACGCUCGUCACCGCCCGUGCCCAUACCCUUCAGCUGCGGCAACGGGACGUCAUCGUCGUCUACGCCACUAUGCCGUCGCCCCCGUGGGGCAAUGCCACCACCGGCUGCAUCGCCAUCUCCAGCGGCGCCGGAACGGCCCGUGCCGCGGCCGCCUUCGUGCCCGGACUACUUCAGGCACAUCCACUCGGACCUUGCGCCGUGGCGCGAGAAGGGGAUCAGCAGGGAGGCGGUGGAGCACGGCCAGCCGAACGCAGCGUUCCGGCUGACGGUGGUCUUCGGGCGCGCGUACGUGGAGACGUACCACCGCGUGUUCCAGACGCGGGACCUAUUCACGCAGUGGGGGAUCGCGCAGCUGCUCGCCCGCUACCCAGGCCGCGUCCCGGACCUCGACCUCAUGUUCAACUGCGAGGACAUGCCGGAGCUGCGCGCCGCCGACUACCCGGACACCUCCGCCGCGCCGCCGCUCUUCCGCUACUGCAAGGACGGCACCUCGGUCGAGGUCCUCUUCCCGGACUGGUCCUUCUGGGGCUGGCCGGAGGUCAACAUCCGUCCAUGGGGGCCGCUCAUGAAGGAGAUCGCCAAGGAGAACGCGCGGCUCCCCUGGCCGGACAGGGAGCCGUACGCGUUCUGGAAGGGCAACCCUCACGUGUCGGAAGCGCGCCGCGACCUCUUCCGCUGCAGCAACGAUUCCGCCGCCGGCAAAGACUGGAACGCGCGGCUGUUCGCGCUGGACUGGGGCGCCGCCAACCGGAACGGCUUCAAGGGCUCCAACCUGGCGGAGCAGUGCCGGUACAGGUACAAGAUCUACGUGCAGGGGCGGUCGUGGUCGGUGAGCGAGAAGUACAUUCUCGCAUGCGACUCGCCGAUGCUGGCCAUCGACACGCCCUUCGAGGACUUCUUCUCCCGGGGGCUCGUCGCCGGCCGCCACUACUGGCCCAUCGACCCCAGGGACAAGUGCCGCGCGGUCAAGUUCGCCGUCGACUGGGGGAACGGGCAUCCGGCGCUGGCCCAGCGCAUGGGCAAGGAGGGCAGCGGGUUCGCGAGGGAGGAGAUGAGCAUGGACUACGUUUACGACUACAUGUUGCACGUGCUCACCCAGUACGCUGCCCUGCUCCGGUACAAGCCCACCGUGCCGGAGAACGCCGUGGAGCUCUGCCCCGAGUCCAUGGCCUGCUCCGCCCAAGGCCGGGACAGGGAGUUCAUGAUGGAGUCCAGGGAGAUGUAUGUGGCCGGAUACGAGCCAUGCACGUUGCCGCCGCCGUUCACCGCCGAGGAGGAGAGGGAGAUGGCUGCGAGGGAAGAGGAUGUGCGAAGAAGAGUAGUUAAAAUGGAGGGGAGGUAGCAGCUCACCUUACUAGAAAUGGUAGAUUAUACAAGUUGAUUUAGUGUGGCAGAGCAAGAGUGACAGAGCAAGAUCAACCAAUGGAACAGGUAAACAUACAAAGAUGAAGACAAGCUUAGAGUAUCUAUCUAUUAUAUUAUGAAAACAAAAGACAAACGAGACACCACAUUUAUCCA